AUGUCUCGCUGGUUCCGGUUUCUGAACAAAAAUGAACCUCUUUCCGUUUAUUUCUUUGCAGUUCCCCGAAAUAGCCUAAACCUGAUGGGCUAUUGGCCAGGAGGAGGUGCUGAGAAAAAGGAUAAGAAGAAUAAGAAUCCACCUCUGCGGGCCUAUGUCCACUUUGUGAUCUUGGCCAUUGGCGUCUUCACCGAACUGCAUGCUGGAAUGCGUUUUCUGCACCAAGAGGAACUAACCCUGGCCCUGGAGACCUUCUGCCCGGCUGCCACCUCGGCUGUGACCUUGCUGAAAAUGUUCCUCAUGUGGCGUUAUCGUCAGGAUCUGGCCAGUAUGUGGUGCCGUCUGAGGUCACUGCUGUUUGAGACAGGAAGAGAGCGACCGGAUCAGCAGGAGAUUCGCCUGAGGCACUCCCUGCUGGCCGUCAGGAUCAAUUGUUGGCCAGUUUCGGCUGGCUUCCUCACAGGAUCCAUUUACAACAUCAAGCCGGUGAUGAUAGCCUUGGUGCUAUAUCUGCAGCAGCGCAGCGAUGAGAAUGUUUGGGUUACGCCCUAUAAUAUGACAAUGCCACCAUUUCUACUAAAGAGUCCUUUCUUCCCAUUCACCUACUUGUUCACCGCCUACACAGGAUACGUGACGAUUUUCAUGUUCGGAGGCUGUGAUGGAUUCUAUUUCGAGUUCUGUAGCCAUGUAUCGGCUCUCUUUGAGAUUCUACAGUCGGAAACCAAGGCCAUUUUCAAGCCCUACAAGGACAGACUGACCAUCGAUUCGGAGGAGGCUCUCCACCUGGAACAGCAACUUAGGGCCAUUGUGGUGCGACACAAUGCCGUCAUAGAUCUGACCAAGUCCUUUCGGCAGCGCUAUGCCAUCAUAACCCUGGCCCACUUUGUCUCGGCCGCCAUGGUGAUCGGCUUCAGCAUGGUGAACCUGCUCACAGUGGGCGGCAUCGGCCUGGGAGUGAUUCUCUAUGUGGCCUAUACGAUUGCGGCGGCCAGCCAGCUGUUGGUCUACUGUUAUGGCGGCACUUUGGUGGCCGAAAGUAGCCUUGGUCUAGCGAGGAUUCUGUUUGCCUGUCCCUGGAAUAUUUGCUGGCCGAAUCAGAGACGAUAUGUCCAGCUGCUGAUCCUGCGAUCCCAGAGAGCCCUGACAAUGGCAGUGCCAUUUUUUUCACCUUCAUUGGCGGCCUUUGCUUCGAUUCUACAAACUUCUGGAUCCAUCAUUGCACUUUUCAAGUCCUUUCAAUAGACCACUUCAUAGACUCCUGAUUUAUUUCCACAUUCAAGUCA